AUGAAUAAGUUCAAGAACUUCUUUCGACCAAAAACUAACAGAAAAGAUGACGAACUCGGACGAUUCAUCUCCAUUCACAAUAGUAAAGAUAAUGAGGAGAAUAGAGCUCCUGCUGUGAGUUUUAAGCCCAAGUCCAAAGAUCCUAGAGAUGUAGGUGCUACAGAUUGCUACUAUACUAAUGUAGCACCUAAGACUAGAAGAAAUCUCAAGUCAUGUCCUGGAGGCUACAAAGAUGAUUAUUCCGCUGCAGUUGAGAAUCGUUCUUUCGACGCUGAAGUUCGCAGAAGAGACUUCAGUCCUGAUUUCGGACGUCGUUCUACAAGAAACAUCCGAGAAAAGAGACCGACAAGAGCCUAUUCUGAGUAUGGUGGCGAUGACGCCAACACCACUGACGUAACUCAUAUCCCCUAUCGAUCUUAUCACAGAGAAGAGUUCGCAGAAACUGACGAGGAGUGUGAUGAAACGAGUCUGAAAAGAGCAAAUCAUGUCUUGGAACGAAGAAUACGUCACCUACAAGGUCGAUAUGUAUACUACAAGAGCGAGUAUAAAGCCCUACAGAAGGCUAAAAACGAAGCUGAACAAGCUUUCCUCAUGAGAAUUUCUGACUGCAAACGUGAAAUUGAAGAGCUGAAAAAACAGAAUCAAAUGCUCACGCGAAGUGUGAAAAACUUGAAUAACCAAGCUCAUGCCUCUGGACCAUUCAGUAGUGGCAACUACAUGCCAAUGCCUAACUUCCAAUUCACGCGAUCCAACUUCCAGUCGAAUGAUAUAUAUCAAUUUACAUCAAUUAAUGAUAAUGGCAGUAGCAUUGUUUCAGACCCUCAGCCCACGAUUGGCGACAUUUCUUGUAUGCAGAACACAAUGUUCAGUAACGACGAGAAAGAUGAGAUUAAAAACUUCAGGGCCAGUGAGACAUUAUCUCCUUCAGCUGACCAUUCAUCUGCCUCUCUCAGUAAUCAAGCUCUCAGAGAACUUCAACAGAACUCAUAG